GUCGCACUACGAAAUAUUUCUGUAAUGAAGGGUAUCUUAAUGCGGAUUGCAAUAAUUACAACGUGAGUAGUGGAGUUGGAAGGAAAUGCAAUUUUGACGGAGAAUGGGAACAUGGUGCUAUGUUAAACUGCAAGAGAAUAUGCCCAAAGCUUGGUAAUUAGCUAAACGUGUUUACUGAUUUUGAGUUUUUACUGCUUUUGAACUACUUUAUUAGAGGGUAUUAACCAGCGCUACACAUUACUGACAGUCUUUGUUUUGUCUGGCAUCUUAUACGUAGCCUUACCCUACAGGUUACAACCAUAAAACAGCUAUUCUGAAAUUGUUAAGAAUAUUUCCUUUAUUUUUUAAUAUAUUUCUUUAUUUCAAAGAUUGUUUGCGUAUUCCUAACUGCGAAAAUCUGAUUACAGUGGUACUAGAAAAUACAUGCAUGCAGAAACCCUUCGCCUUGCUGACAAAACCAUUGUAUUUUCCAAAUGUGAAGUAUUUAAAGUAGUUGUUAUGGUAACACGAUAAUUUUUUAAGAAUAUCUUUGCAAACGAAAAUCCCCCAAAGUAUCACUUUUAAUUACAAAAUUAUCAAUUUCCCAAACAUAUAUAUGUUAGGUAUGUUAUUAGUAUAUAGGUAAUAGCAUGGUUUCGAGUGCAGUUUGGAUAUAACAUGCACGAGUGAGUUUUUUAAAGACCUCAAAAUAGCACGAGUCGGAAGGACGAGUGCUAUUUGAGGUCUUUGAAAAACUCACGAGUGCAUGUUGAUCCAAAUUUCACGAGAAACCAUGCUAUUACUUAUUAAUAAUUUACAUAAUAAUUUUCGAGACAAUUGUAGUUUUAACUUACGCAUUUAUCGCGAACAUUCCACUGGCAAAGUUUUCCUGCCUUUGUUAUAUCACAUUAUACAACGCUAACAGCUUGAAAAUUCCACUCAACUAUGUAAUUUUUGUUAGUCUUGUUUAAGGUAAAUGCUUUUUCAUUUAAAAAUAAAGAUAAAAGCCAUAUUUUCCACACCAAGGCAGCUUUUAGCGCGGCGCCAUGUUUGUUUUGUUUUGAAGCAAUCUGUGACCGUUACUUCUUUAAAUUAAACUAAAUUGCUUUAAACUGAUUGGUUGAUUUAAUCAUCACAAUGUUUUUCCACCAAUCAGAUCAGUUUGCUACUGAUUUUUGCAGUGUGAUUACAGAAAAUCGCACUGUGAUUACAGGAAAUUGCACUUCUGUUCGGGAUUAACUGCACUGAAAUCAACCAAUCACAGUCGAGUGAUAUCUUUAUGUAUACUAUUAUACGUUAUAUAAGCUUCAAUUUAAGGUAAAAUUCGACCACAAACGCUUUGAAAAACGUUUUAAAGUGUUCUUUUAAUAUAAAACUAAACUGCGUUUAUCGAUAAACUUUGAGUUCGAAAUAAAAUUAUUCCAAAUUCUCGCAUGCAAGUAACUUUGCUUAUUAUAAUAAAAAGAGUAACCAAUAAAGAAACACUGAAAUAAUAUGAUGCCUCGUUUCAUAUUUGUACGCAACUAUCAGCUUUUAAAGUAAUUACAGAUAAUACAGCGCAUAGAAAGCAAACAAUGCAUCAAUAUUUAAAACAAACUUACCUUCGUUAACGUCAGCGCCUUUAAUCCCUUCAUUUAGCAAUUCUUUCGCCUUUAUUUUAUCAAAAAGCUUUUGAAAUUUACAAAAUCUUGCAAAAAUGAAAUAUAGUUGCAAGAAAUCUGAAAUCAUCAAAAAUCAAGAAAUGUUUGCUAUUUUGCAGUCGUCAUGCAGUCGUUAUAAUGCAAAUUUUAAAUUGGACCAAUCAGUGUUGGCUAUUCAUGACAGUCCGCUAUAUUAUUAGAUCAGUGAGGAUGACCACCUAUGCACAGUGACCCACACCCGCAAUCAUUGAUGAACUCGUUUCACCGGGUGUAAAUAGCAGUGCGGAAUUAGUACCCUCGCACGGCGCUCCGCCCGUUGGCUCGGGGACAAUAACAGCGGCAAGCUAACUGCCGGCUAUAGUCUUAUUUUAAGUCACCGCAAGAGCUAAAACACAUAUACCGUAUACAUGUUUCGCUGAAAAGGCCGGCCAGGACCACAUGAGCCGCGUGUUAAUUAAAGCUCCUGAACAUUUGUGGUAAAUCGUUAAGGUCGUAAACCCACCUUACAGAUCUUUUCUGAAUGCCCAUCAUAAUCUAUUAGAAGCUGCCCAAAUAAUGGGGUCUACUGUACAACGAGACUCGAUUUUAUGUUGAAAGUUUCAGAUAUUGUUCGGAAUAUAGCUUCCUUGCUAUUAAAUAUACGAUAGUACCACGGCAAUGGGGAAUGUUCAGUUUCCUGAAUCAAACCUGCCAAGAAUAGGCAAGCACAAGAUUUGAUUGGGUAUAAUCCGUUUGAAUAAUUGGACAGCUACCUCAUACCAAAUAAAUUAUUGUCUUGUUUAAUAACAUGAACUGAUUAUAAUACAAUGUCGUUGGAGGAGUUUCUGGUAACUUGCGGUACCACUGUUCCUUAAUAAAGUCAUAAGAAUUGCGGUUAUAGGAUAAGACUUAGGAUUAAUUAAUAAGUGUUAUGCUUAAGAUAAUGAUUAAAGUUAGGGUUAAGCUGGGGAUAUGGUUUUCAAAUAUAUAGCGUUUACCCCAACUAAUGUGAUUUUUAAUUACUGUAGAUGAGAUAUUUGAACCACAUCGCGCGUUAGAUUGGAACUAUUCUGCCAGUUUCUACUUUACUAAAACUCCGUUCGAUGGAAUGUCUGUUCAAUUUGUGUGCAAUGAUACUUCGUGGGAAUUGAUUGGUCCUGAAACAAUAGCGUGCAAUUCAUCUGGUAACUACUCUGUCGAACCUCCAACUUGUAAGAAACGACCAGUCGUAGAGAACACAA